AUGGCCAGACCGGCCGGCGACCAGCUGAACGCUCACGCAGCACCAGCAACAAAUGGCCAUAUGGGCAUCUCGCAGCCAUCCUCCUCUCAACCGCUUUCCACCACCCAGCUUAUCAGCCACAUUCCCAAAAUCCUCCCUCACGAGCGCGUCUUCCCCAUACAGAUAGGGUCUGAGCUCUUCAAACUAUCGGGUGCAUCGCUAUCAUCCGAUGCGCCGUCGUACUUUUCCCAAUACUUUCUGUGUCAGCUAAAACAGGCCGAAGAAAAUGGAGAAGACAUUUCCAACGCCAUCCGGACCUUGUCCAUCGAUCGUGACCCAGACACGUUUAAAGACAUUGCUCUACACCUUCAGGGGUAUCAUGUGAAACCGCGAGAUGCAACGCACUUUGUGCGAUUGUUUGCCGAUGCACAGUUUUACAGACUCCCCAAGUUGAUGUCCCAGUUGUACGAGGAGAGCAUCUUUACUACUAUUGGAGAGCGCCAGUUUGAAAUACCGCGAGAGCUAUUCAAUGACCCAGGGAACUCACCCAACUUUUUCUCGCUGGGCUUUGCUGUCUUCUUUUCCUCACCAGACGAGCUCUUUCCUGGCUUGGACAGAGAAGGGCUUCUUCGGCCACCAUCGAUUGUGCCCCCUGCGAUCCCAACACGUAACGGGGAUAUUUUUGCCGAGCUACUAAACCUUCUCCGAGGAUAUCCGGUCAAUAUUCGCGAUGAAGGCCAUCGCGCAGAGCUACUCCGAGAUUGCCGGUAUUUCAACUUCAAAGGGCUCGAGCAGCGUCUGAUCCCGCAUCAGAUAUCCUACAACCUGUCACGUAGACGACACGAAAUUGUUCUUCGGCUCAGGGACAUACUCAAAAGCGGCAUCACGGUAGCUUCCGAGCCCACCGCACUCGAUCCAGCCGCCGGAUGGGUCAACUACGCCCGCCCGUUCGUCGACGAGAAAUCUUAUGAGCUAGUGCUCGAGAUUGGCGAUGAGAGCACCAGGCUACAGUUUGGACCGAAUGGAUCGAUCCGAGCCGAGUUCUUUGGGGAAGUCAAGACUCGCGUGGCGAAACUUUUCGAGGUCAUCUCUACCAAGCUCAACUUACCGCCCACAACACAGCCCCUCGGGUUGCUAAUGACACAAGGGGGUGCGAGCAGCCAACCAGCUACGCCGGGGAAUACACCGCUUAGCGAGGAUUUGGUAAGGGUUGUGAUGGAUCCCGAGGCAAGCGUCACGCUGGACGGAAGAGCCUGGAGCUUGGAAGAGGCGGGGAAUAGCUCGGUGCCGUCAUCGGCUGGGGGACUGGAUGGUGUGAGUGGCGGUGGUGAACAGAACUCGCCCUCGGCGUUACUGCUGUCUGUUCCGGCCUCACAGCCGUUUUCGAGGAAGAGGAGGAGGGUGGAUAUGAAUGGCGGACUGGAGGAAUGGAUUGUGCGGACUGGGCAGUGGCGGCUGAGGAUUCAAGGGGUCAAGAAUGGGAAGGCGGCGGUAGAGUGUUGUUUGGUGGCGGUCAAGCUGGAUGCUAUGAGCUCGGAGCAUGCUAGGAAUCUGCAGAGGUCCUUUUUGGGAGGGUGA